AGACUUCUCCUUUAAGAGAGCUUUUCCUUUAACACACCUGACCACACCUGAGCUGGACUUCCGGGUCUUUCACAAGGAGAAGAAACAACAACAAGUCGGCGGAAGAGAGCCGGGACCAGGAUUAAAACCAGGCCCAGGUCUUCAGCGAUCAGGUGCAUUUGCUCACAUAACAGGACGCGCCAUGAUGGAGGACAGUGGAGGGAGGAAGACCAGAGUGGGCGAGGACGAGGAGACAGUGAGCUCAGUCGUGACUGAGACGAGCACGCUGCCAUGGUCUGCAGACAGACAGACCGGUGGACGGACGGGUAAAGCUGACAGGAUGAGCGUGAGAUCAGGUGUGUCUCUUCCUGAGGCGUCGAGCCGCACAGAGAGCGAGAGAGAGCUGAAGGCAGAGGUGGAGAGGAGGGGCGGCAGGGCGGGUUUAGAUGAAGGAGUGGAGCCACGUGAGGAUAAAGCGAGGGUACACCUGUUGGAGGAGGAGCCCCGAGAGAACCUCCUGCCAGAGAAAGCUGCUCAGGUGUUCAGGCCUGCAGUGACUGCCCUCCACUCCCCCUCCUCACUCAGAGAGUCUGGGCCGCUCUGGGAAAUGGAGUCCGAGAAGAGUCCCUUCCUGGGUCCCCGAGGAGUUCCCGAGGACUACAAUCAACAUUAUUACCUGCACGAGGACCUGCGCUCCAAUAAACGAGGGCAGUGCUGUCUCAGUACGGAUGUCCUAAAGAUGGGCGUGUCUCUAAUGGCCUCGGCGUUCUUCUUCCCUUUACUCGUCUGGGGCGGUUUUGUGUUUCUGCCAUUUGACGCCCCGCUGCUGGAUGGUGCCCCCCUCCGGCUCGUCUACACGCUGCGCUGCUCCGUGUUUGCUGCCACCCCCAUCGUCCUUGGUUGGCUUGUUCUGGGCAUCUCACGGCUAAGGUCAGGUGUGCUUCGUCCUCUGUUUGAUGAUGAGAUAAAGGAGGCGGAGCUACAGGAAGUCACUGUCCACCAGCGCUUCAUCUCUGACUCUGCCUCGCUGUUCGUGAUUUACUUCUUGCAGCUGGUCGUUAUGGCGAUGUACCUUAGCCAGGAGCAGCUGAAGCUUGUCCCGCUCCUGACCAUCCUCUUUGCUUUUGGAAGGUUGGCGUACUGGGUCGCGGCGGCAUUUGGCAGCAGCAUUCGUGGAUUCGGUUUUGGCAUCUCCUUCCUGCCGAGUGUCGUCAUGAUGGGAGCAAACUUCUACUUCAUCUUCACGAUGGAUGCGGCGAGUUCCAUUUUCAGUGUCCCCCAUGACGAGGCGCCGCCUCCACCUGCAGGCCGACAACGGUUCUGGGGAUAAGACACAAUCAGUGAUUGAUGAUUGUCAUUAUCGAUUGAAAAGUAAAAUCUGUCUUUAUUUUGAGGUUUAAAUGCUUUAAAAUGACCGGGCGUAGCCCUGCCCAGCUGGUAUGCGCAGCUCUUGUUUUUUCCUUUAUUAAACUGCUUCCUGUUCUCUGCAGCUUCCUGUUGAUUGUGUUUUUUUUCUGUGUUUUAUUUUGUACAAUUGUUUUUAUGAUCAAUAAAUUAAAGAAAA